UUAUAGAAAAAGAAAACUACGGCGAAACGAAAUCUCUCUCUCUCUCUCUCUCUCUCUCUCGCCAAAAAGCAACCCUGAAAUGAUGGAGAAUAAAAACCCUAAUUGAGGUCCCUAUUAUUGUCGUCCUAAUCCAAAUGAAGGAAGACAUUAAUGUCUCUGUCAGUGCUCAUUGAAGACUUUUUUAACUCUUCGUCAAUCCCUGCUUUAAUGGCAGUAUGAGACUGUCUCCGUUGCUGUUGGGAGCUGGUAGCGAGCGAUGGGUGUGGCCGAAGCUUGGAGGUUUAGCACUGGAGCUUUGAGCAAUUGGGCUUUUCUGGUACACAAUCAGCAGCAUUGUUGGUGGAAAUUGCUCCGGCGGCCGGCGGCGUCGUGGUCGGUGGUUUGCGGGGUCAUGCUGUUCGCGUUGGGGCUGAUUUCGCUCUUCACUGGCCAUGUCGCUUCUGAUCUCGAGUGGUACUCUCAGAGGCUUGUCAAGCGCAGUUUGUACUAUAAACUGGAUGCUGGCAUUCGUGCACCAAUUGAUAUUUGGAAAUCAAAACUUGCAAAAUUUUACUAUGGAUGCAGUGAAAGAGGGCCUUACUUUUCUCCUGCAGUACCUGAGCAAUUUUCAAAUGGCUAUCUACUUAUUGCAACAAGUGGAGGACUGAACCAACAGAGAACAGGAAUUACUGAUGCUGUAAUUGUAGCACGGAUUCUAAAUGCUACUUUAGUUGUGCCCGAGUUGGAUCAUCAUUCAUUUUGGAAGGAUGAUAGUGACUUCUCGAACGUUUUUGAUAUUAAUUGGUUCAUUUCAACCCUUUCGAAGGAUGUGACCAUUGUUAAAAGAGUCCCAGAUAGAGUCAUGAGAUCCAUGGAAAAGCCUCCAUAUACCAUGCGUGUUCCAAGGAAAUCAGAACCUGAGUAUUAUCUGGAUCAAGUACUGCCAAUACUGUUGAGGAGGCGUGUGCUGCAGUUGACAAAGUUUGAUUAUAGACUUGCUAAUAAUCUAGAUGAAGACCUGCAGAAGUUGCGAUGUCGAGUCAAUUAUCAUGCUUUAAGAUUUACAAAGCCCAUACGAGAACUUGGUCAGAAGCUUGUGUCAAGAAUGAGGAAGAUGACAGAUCGUUUCAUAGCCAUUCACUUGAGGUUUGAACCUGACAUGCUAGCAUUUUCUGGAUGCUACUAUGGUGGGGGAGAUAAAGAGAGAUACGAACUUGGUGAAAUUAGGAAAAGAUGGUCAACUUUACCUGAUUUGAGCCCUGAUGGUGAACGAAAACGUGGGAAAUGCCCACUUACUCCUCAUGAAGUGGGUUUGAUGCUCCGGGCACUUGGCUUUAGAAAUGAUACAUACCUUUAUGUUGCAUCUGGUGAAAUUUAUGGUGGGGAAGAGACUCUGCGUCCUCUUCGAGAGCUCUUUCCAAACUUCUACACAAAGGAGAUACUUGCCAAUGAUGAGCUGAAACCUCUUCUUCCGUUUUCUUCUCGCUUAGCUGCCAUUGACUACAUUGUGUGUGAUGAGAGUGAUGUCUUUGUCACUAAUAACAACGGAAACAUGGCCAAGAUUCUUGCAGGUCGAAGGAGGUACAUGGGUCAUAAGAGGACUAUCAGACCAAAUGCAAAAAAGCUGAGUGCUCUGUUCAUGGCGCGGGGCAAAAUGGAUUGGGAUACAUUUUCCAGAAAGGUCAAAUCAUGCCAGAGAGGUUUUAUGGGGGAACCAGAGGAAAUGCGACUUGGACGGGGUGAAUUUCACGAAUAUCCCUCCCCUUGCAUCUGCCAGAAACCAAUUAAAUACUCGGAUCUUGAGAAUGAUAACAAUGGGGAUAAGACUCCAGAAGAAGGGCGCCCGUUGUCUCAGAAGCAACGCUUGGAGAUGGAAACAGAUGGGAUGAAAAAGGGGUCAACAGCUUCCAGAGACCGAAGAAGACAAAACAUGAGAUGACUGUGAUCUUCAAGAGACUCCAACAAGUGAAGACUUUUCUUGAGAUUUUCCAGAAAGCACCUUAGGAAAGGUCUCUGACCCAAAUUUCUCAUCGUUUGGAGCUAACAUUUGGCCCUACCAAGUCAUGUCCAGUACAGCUACUCCGGGUAUGUCCCCAGUUUUACUUGACAACGUGGCGUUUUGCCUCUGAAGCCACACCUCAGGAAGUUGGGGCGGCGGGGGGUAGAUCUGUUUGUAUCUAAUGCCCAAAUUUGGACUGCAAAAUGUAUAGGAACCCGGGACUUGUGAUGAGUUGCAAGUGUUGGUUUACAUAUUUUUGUUAAGGUCUCUACAGCAAGUAGCCUGCUGAGCACACAUUGCUACUGCUUGACACAAUUUUAGCUAACUUUGCUUUUUAGAAAUGGUUCAACAUUUCUAGCUCGCCUCUUCACCAGACUUCCUCCUCUAUGGGGGGAUUAAAUGGUAUGAUGACCAAAAUCAUAGGACAUGCUUGCUGGUUGCCUUCUUUUUUUAUGAGCAAGCACUAGGGCAUAUUUAUCUUAUGCUUUUGGAACCAGGAACUGCGGAAGCAAAAGGUCUUGCUGCAAAAACAAACAUUCUGGUUCUGGGGCAAGAGGUCCAAUAGUUGUUAGGAGUGAAGUUAUUUUUGUAUGCAAAUAUUACAUUUUACUUCACUUUUGCAAGAAAGGAAGAUCUUGCGUGCGUGCGUGUAAAUGCACCGACUUGUAUGUAAUGACCAUUUUGUCUGCAAUUUCGGUGAUUAAACUACGGACA